CUAGGAAGUUAUUUUAUUUCUACUUAAAGAUAAGGUCUUUAUUGUUAUUAUGUGUUCAUAAACAUUUUCAACUGUAGAAUUUGUUCUCAGGAAAUGUAAAUGGCAAUACUCUUAGAUACCACUUUAAGUGGUGUUGAACCACCAAAAUCAAAAUUGGAUGAGCUGUAAUAUUUCAGAUCACAAAUAAUAUUACUGAAGUCACUGCCAUUAUUGCAUAGUUUUCCAAUUACUUGAGAACCUUCUGUGUUUGGUUGCUGGGAUGUUGCCAUGGUCACACUCUGUUGGUGUGGAGUGGCGAGUUGUGGAAUCAAUGGCAACUCAGGACGCCCAGGCUUGGAAGUAGGCUGUCUGAGAAGUCUUCAUUGUUUUGAAGCCACACUUGACAUGGACCAGAAGGUUCUGAAGAGACUGGUGGAAUCCAUCAGUAAGAGUGUCAACUGUAAACACUUUAAUAAAUAUGAAAUACAGUGUCUCAUAAGAAUUUUUCACAACGUGGUGGGAAGAGGUGAUAUGAAACUUGCUAACGCUGGACUAGAUCGUAACACAUUUCGAGUGAUCCUGCACAGCAUAUUCGGAAUGACUGAUGAUGUGCUAAUGAAUAGGGUAUUUUUUGCAUUUGACAAAGACAAUGAUAACUACAUAAAUGUGAAAGAGUGGGUUAAAGGACUAUCAGUGUUUCUUCGAGGGACUUUUGAAGAAAAGCUGAAGUUUUGUUUCGAAGUUUACUAUUUCAAUGGUGACGGUUACAUUUCUCGAGAGAGAAUAUAUGACAUGUUGAAGAACAGUCUGCACCAACAGUCACCUGAAGAAGAGGCUGAUGAAGGAAUAAGAGAGUUGGUAGAUAUAGCAUUGAAGAAAAUGGAUUAUGACAACGAUGGCAGGAUAUCUUUUGCAGAUUUUGAAAAAGCAGUGAAAGAAGAUAGACUUUUGUUGGAAGUGUUUGGACCAUGUUUACCGGAUGCAAAGAGUUGUCUUGAUUUUGAAGCCCUGGCAUUCCAACACACCCUGACUUCUAGUUUUUGAAUGUUACUCACCCAAAAUUAUUAAAAUCAGAAACAGA